AUGGCCAGUAUCAAUACAACGGUGUCGAUGACCAGCGCCAGCACCAAUUCCAAUAGCCCCAUUCCGACGGAUGUGGAGGAGCCCCGGAAGAAAGUCGCAGGCUCCCGUGGGGGAAAGAGAUCAGUCACCCAUCUGAGCAAAGCCCAGCUGGCGCGGAAGCGCGCCAACGAUCGCGAAGCACAGAGGAAUAUCCGGCAGCGGACAAAGGAGCAUAUCGAGAACUUGGAGAGGAAGGUCAAGGAAUUGGAGCAGGGCGGGCGGUCUGGCAGUAUUGAGAGGGUGCUGAAGCGGAACCGGGAAUUGGAGGAUGAGGUCGAAAGGCUCAGGUCGAUGGUCAACGGACACCACACGCCAGUCAUCGCGGCUCACGCCGACAUACCAGAGAUAUUGACCCCCCAGAAGGGCUCGCUCGAAUGGAUGCCAGAAUCCGCCUCCGGAGCCUGGGCUCAUCCAGUGUCACACGUAUCCUCUCUCAAUCCGCACGCGGAAAUCCCGGCCUCCAACGCGGCAUACCCGACCACCACAGCGCAGGCAUACCCGGCAACCACCACAACAACCAUGGGCUACAACGAGGAAGGCGCUCACCAGAUCUACCCUCCCACCGAAUCCUGGGGAAGCCCAACCCACUAUGCGCCCCCAACGCAGGCCAUCCAAAAGUCGGCCCAAGCCUGGUCACCCGUCGACUCCAGCUUCUCCCAACCCUCCCGCUUUCCAGAUAUGCAGAUGACAGGAUUCAACGAGGUGGUUAAUCAGCAGAACUUUAGCUCUCCAACAUGUUGGCAAAAUCAGCCGUCGAUCUAUUCUUUCCAGAUGUCCACGAAGCUCAAGUCCCCCGUCACGUACCUGGACCAAUUGAUUUUCAGUGUGAUCCAGUCCCAUAGGCACCUACACUCCACGUCUGCGCUAUCGGGAGAUGAACUACUCGGCCCUGCCCUCCCCUCCGUUCAUAUCCUUUUCAACCAGCCCGGACCAGCGGAGAAGCAGCCGCCUGAUAUCGUCCAGGUCAUGGAAAAGUAUUCCGCUGUCAUCGCCAACCGUGGCUUCCCGCUCAUUCCAGAGAAGCUGGCCUCUUUUCUGUGCAUGUACCGCUUCAUUCAAUUUCAAAUUUUGCCUACGUACGAGACCUUUCAGAUGCUGCACGAAUGGCAAGCGCCCCGCCCUUCUCAGCUCAAGACGUUACACCCGGCAUGGAUGGACCUGCCUCCUUGGGGGAAAUUCCGGGACAAGAUCAUUGAGAACCAGGGGAAGUAUGACACACCCGAGUUCCAACACGACUACGCCCUCGGUCUGUCCAUCAACUUCCCCAUGGACCCGAUGAAGGCGCUCAUCUUCGAUAAUGGCAAGAUCAUGAUCAGUCCUGUUCUGAAUAAUCAUUUGAGCGAUAUUAACAACGUCACCAUGAGCAAGGCGUUUGGGGACAAGUACCCGGAGUUUCGGGAUUGCUGCCGCAUCACGGAAGUAUGA